UUUGUGUGUGUCACAUUUUGGUUAAUGUAUGCUUACGAUCGUGAAGUUGUCUACCCGAAAGUAGUUGAUAGUUACAUACCGUCUUGGCAAAAUCACGGAAUGCACACGAUUAUUUUACCACUUAUACUGGCUGAAUUAUUUACUACCAGACAUAAGUUCCCUUCGGCCACAGCUUCACUGACAAUAUUUUUGGCAUUCGUAAUUAGCUACGGACUUGUUUUUUUGGAAACAUACGUGGAAAAAGGACGUUGGGUGUAUCCUUUAUUCGACCUGUUUAGCUUACCGACUUCAUUGGGUAUCAUGGUUAUUUUACUUUUCAAACUACUGUCGUUUUUAUUUGUCGGUAUAUUCAUCCAAAACAUGUACUGGGGAAAAGAAGAAAAGAAACGACACAGAAAACCUGUUAAGAAAUCAUCCUAAUACAAAUAUAGUACAAAUUAUGUCUUGAAUUAUUUCAAA